UCAUCCAGAUACCGAGGCUCGGCGCUUCGGCUCCUAGGACAGUGACCGGCUCCGCGUUGCCGCAAUGUUGCUGCGGGUUGUCGUUUUGACAUGCUGGCUGACGCCUCUCGUCCGCUGCAACUUACCCGUCGACUGCGGGUUGGAAGAGGCCGAGUUGCUGUGCCCAGUCACCAAGGACGAGAAGGUACAGGAGCGUGGCACAGUGACCCUCCGUUGUACGGUCCAGGAGAACGACAACUCCUCCCUACAGUGGUCAAACCCCACUCAGCAGACCCUCUACUUCGAUGACAAGAAAGCACUGCGGGACAAUCGGAUCUCCCUGGUCUACUACUCAUGGCACGAACUCACCAUCAGCAUCAGUAACAUGAGCUUGAAGGACGAGGGCAACUACACCUGCUCCAUCUUCACCAAGCCUGUCCGCACAGCAGUGGCUAGAGUGGAGGUCUGGGCUGUUCCCAAGAAGCCAGAGAUUUCGGGAUACCUUGGUCCAAUUACAGAAGGGCGGACGAUCACUCUGAUGUGUAACACCACAGGCAGUAGGACACUCCCUAGCAUCCGCUGGUUCAAGGGCAAUGAAGAACUGCCAGGUUACUCCACUCACCAGGGGGAGUCCACUGACCAGCAAACCUCUGUUCUCAGCCUGGUGAACAUCACCGUCUCACGGGAGGACAAUGGUGCCCUCAUCAUAUGUGCACUGGACCAACCGGCCAUCGACAACAAUGACUACAGGACACAACAGAAGAUUGAAGUUUACUAUUCCCCAACUGUUGAGAUCCGGGAGUCCAAAAUCGUUGCUGAGGAAGGUGCAAAUUUUAUGCUGCGUUGUAUUGGACGGGGAAAUCCAGAACCCAGUUUCUUCACUUGGGUCCGUUUUAACGGGGAUCUGUCUGAAUCUGCAUUUGUCCGGAAUGAGAACCUAACCUUCACUAACCUGAAUAAGACUGACGCAGGAGCCUAUCGCUGUGAAGCCAAGAACAUCAUUGGGACUGGUGGCAAGAACUUCACACUGAUAGUGCAUGAUCCUCUUUCACAGAUCACCCCGUCGGGCAUUGACCACGCUGUCAUCGGUGGGAUUGUGGCCGUCAUUGUCUUCAUCGUACUGUGUCUCUUCAUCGUUCUGGUCCGCUAUCUGAUCAGACACAAGGGCACCUACCUGACUCAUGAGGCUAAGGGCUUGGAUGAUGCUCCAGAUGCUGACACGGCCAUCAUUAAUGCGGAGGUGGGUCACUCCAGCUCGGAGGAGAAGAAGGAGUAUUUCAUUUAGUGCAGGAGCGAGGGGGGAGAGAGAGCACGGGAGAGAAGAGAAAUGAAGGGUCCCGGCGGUUGAGAAGGAGAUGCCAUCUGUAGAGAGCACCUUGGUCUGCUGCCGAUGAGAGUGGAUGGCUCCUCCUGUUGCACAAGCACCACCAGAGUUUGCUCAAACUUACGCCUAGCGUGCAGCCUGAUUAUAACUUACUGUUGUAAACACGAUCGCUG